ACACCAACCAACACACCCCUGCCCCGCCUUUCGCCUUUCUCCCCGCACAGCCAUGAAGUGGGCGACAUUAGGAGCGCUCCUUUUGUGUAAAGUAUCAGCCUUCCACUUGCCUUGGGUGGCACGCGUUGGGCCAUCACGGAGAGCCAACUCCGUUCUUGACCGACGGGAGGCGAGACAUGCCGCUGGGCGAGUUUUAGCCUGCACCGCCAAGGACGAGGGCAACAAGGGUGUGGCUGACGAGGAUGAUCCUCUAGAUCUGAACCUUGACGAUUUCAGCGAAGCCGAAAUUUCGGACGCGGAGCUGGACAAGAUGCUGCACGCGGUGGAGCAUGGGAUCUCGAGACACAAAACGAAGGCAUUGGGUAGUAAGGCUGGACAACGUGGGGAGGUGGACGAGGCGAAGAUGAUCAUGCUGCUCAGGCAAAAGAUGGGCGAGGAAGACUUCUACGCGGUGUUUGAUCCCAGGAAUCCGCGUAUCGGGGAUGUCUGAGAUACGCGGUAUUCGUUAGGCGCGUGUGGCACGUGUGUGUUCGGUCUUGCAGUAUUUUGAACCCCACCAUUGUAGCGCUUUUCUGUAGACAGCGUGAGAGAAGCGGAGCUUUGAUUGUAGAUGUUGUGCGUCGUGUUUUCUGUUUAAAUUUACGUAGCGUCAAUAAUACCUCAUGGAUAUGCAAUUUUCUUGGUUUCGUCCUGCACGAUGUUUCGUUUGUAGACCUGUGUCCAGUUUCGUUGAAAUACCAGUCCUGUCAUUCACGUGACGAGGCCCAUUCUCCAAGGAUUAUUGAGCAAUCAAAAUCCGGUGGUGACAAAUAGGAAAAAUGUGGGUACCUUAUUUCCCACAAAGGGGAGUAUGGCAAGCCAAGGUCGCGCAAGAGAUGCGAAUGGACACGGGGUGGUUGCCGCAGUUUAGACCAGCACGCCCUUGCUUGGAGCUUGCGACUAGACCCUUGACAGGCUCUCUAGACCGCGACCUUUAUCAACGGGUCGGGCACGUACAAAGUUGCUGGUGAGUAUUUUGCGCCGAGAGCAGCACUUUCAAGUCAAGCUCGAGCUCGUUGAAGCG